AUGGAAAGUGUUCCACUUGCUGAACAUGAGAGACUAUUGGGAAAGCACAAAACUUUACUUGCGAAACAUGAGACGCUGUUGGGAGAGCACGAAACCCUAAUCGGAAACCUGGAGAUUCUAGAGGAAAAGUAUGGAUUCACUGUAGAGGAUGUGGAGAAGAAGCAGGGAGAGCUGGUGGUGUCUAGGAAAGAGAUCGAGAAAUGGGAGAAGAAGUUUGGGGAACUUCAGAUGAAGCUGGAGAAAGUGGAGAAAGCUAUUGAUGAAAUGGAGUUGCUUGACGACACCGGUGUGGAUUCUGGGGGGAGUUCGACGAUUGCUGAGAAUCUGAAUGUGAAUGACAACAACAACGCUGUGUCGGAUAAAGGUGUGAUAGAGAUUAGCGAUGAUGAGGAAGAGAAGGAAAGAAAAAGCAAUGGAAGUCGCGGUGACACUCAGAGCUCAAAGUUUGCAUUUUUUCUGUGA